GUGUGGGAGCUCAAUUCAGCGAGUGCCCGGCCCUGCCCCCGGCCUACGCCCAACGGGUCCUCCGCCAGCAUGACGGCCUACCGCUCGGCCAUGCACCAGGUGGCUCAAUCGGCGAAGGCCAUUUUGGCGGCGUCCGCUGCGGAUUCUGACCAAUCUGAAACUGGCGCUACACAUUCCUCGAGCGGAUUUUGGUCCACCUUGAACGAUAGCGGGAUCCCCUAUCGGUCUUUGAUCGCGCUCCUGUUUCACUUCAUGGACUCGGGCCAAAAGUUCGAAUCCGGCCAUGUGGAGCGCCAACUCUGCCUCCAAGCGACCUCGCUCUACUUCAUAUUCUUGGCUCUCCCCGGGAGUGGCGCCUUCAAGAUCUUUCACCCCGUGCUGUAUCAAAAGGCUCUGAGCACUUUCAAGCUCUCGACCAAACUCAAGUUGGGCCGUUUGAGUCCGCGCAAGAAGAAGCCGCCCUCGGCUCGCCCGCCCAAGUCCAAGCACGUUCCGCCCCCGCGGAAUCGCUUGGUACGCACGACCUCCGUCUCCUCGGCCAAUCUGCUGGACGAAGAUUUCGAUUUCUCGGACGAGGACGAGGCUGGCAUGUUGUCCGAGCGAGAGGUCCGAGAUCUGACCAAUGCCUUGAACGCUGUGAUCUACGAUUUCCACGUGUUCCUGGACCAUCAUCCGCUCAAGCGUUCCCUAGAGUCCAUGGAACUGACCGUGUCCGAAUUAGUUGAACUCACUCACUUGGAGACGAGCUUUGCCAACCUGGAUUUUGGUCAUCGCAAUCGUCGCAGUGACCUCUCUGCCUUGGCCUUCAACGCCUAUUGUGCCUUAGAAAAGAUCUGUCACCCGCUGCACGGGGAUCUCCGUCGGAGCUUGUUGCUGAUCCUCAAGUGUCUGCUCCCGGCCAUCCUCAUGACUCACCGGGGAUCGUCCGAGAUCGCUCCGCGGGGCCUCACCAUCAUCCGGGAGCACUCGCUCCACUUUGUCAAGCACUUGAUGCGCAGGAUCGGCCAGGAAAGCCAUGGUGCCAUUGAGGUGCUGAUCCAACAUUUGGCCUUGCAAGUCCCGGACAAGGCUGAGUACCGCGCCAAGACCUCAUUAGCCAUCGUCACCCUAAUGAGGGACUUGUCGGUCGACAUCUUCAAUCGUGUGGUCCGCUGGAUUUUCGCCUGGGCCCACAACGAGAAGGUGGCUCAUCGGCAAUUUGCCCUCGAAGUCAUGGGUCGAUUGAUGCAGGAAAACGAGCGCUCCCAUGGCAAUCCCCAGGAUCAACCAUCCGAGGGAGACAAGAGAGCUCGAGUACCCACCGAAGAACCUACAACAACGCCCGACAACCUCGUUGAUAACCUGCCGGAGCCUCCGUUGCCGUCGUCGUCCUCCUAUUUAGGGGAUCUGGUAUCGCACAAGUUCAUUUUCGGAGUCAUCUUCUCCCGCUGUCGUGAUGUUUCAGCCACGGUGCGAGCCAAAGCCUUGCAGACGUUGGCCGACAUCACGGCCGCCCAUAACCCCACCAUCAUCAUGGUGAUCCAAAGCAUGAUGGAAAAGCCCACGGAGUCCUCCACUCCAAUGGGUAACGAUGACAUGGUGGAUUUCGUGGAGCUUCUGGGGGAUGAGAAGGCAGAUCUGGCCCGGAUUCACCCGCUGCCGAGUGCGGCCUGCUUCACGGAGUUCCUACGGAAGCGUGCGCUUGACGACUCCGUGUACGUCCGGAAGAACGCCUUACAGGUCAUCGUGAACGUGUUGAAAUUCUCCGAGGACCUUGUCCGGCAUGACUUGGUGAGCAUCUUGAGCGAGCAUUGCCGGGAUUCCUCGCUAAUGGUGCGGAAACUCAUGGCCACAUCCUUGACGGAUCUGCUCAAGAUGUAUUCGAGCAAGCCCGUGAUGAUCCGGCAUUGGGUGGACGGGCUCUUUCCUCUGAUCCUGGAUGUCGAGCAGAAAGCGGCGGAGAAGGUCAUGGAGGGUGUGUGGGAAUGUCUGUUCGGGAAUUUGGUUCCGUUCUCAGAUGCCUCAAGAGAAGCGCAUUUCUUGCCCUGGAAGAUCUUGCAAAGCUCUGAGGAGCUCAAGAUGACCAAAUAUCUCUCUCGAGCUUGCGGCUUUUGGGCGAAAGAAGGUCAACUCAAGGCCAAUGUGAUUAUCGUGCUCAAGACGCACGUGCACACGGAGAACAAUGACCUAGCUUGGUUGCUACUCUCUCUGAUCAGUGCUCACGUGUCCAUUGCCGAUCCCCAUUUCGUCAUGGAGUACUUCAACACCUCCAUUCACACACCCGAGGGGGUAAGUGUCAUCAUUUGCCACACUGGAAUUACUCCUCAGGUGGGCUUGUACACACUCCAACAAGUGUUGCGCGUCCUCUUCUCGUCCGUGAUUCGAUUGAGUUCGGAGGAGCAGAGGCUGUUGCAAAAGGACCUGAUCCUGUUGGUCAAGCGGUUCGCGAUUCCGCCCGAGCUCAUUCCAACGGCCGUGGACAUUGCCACGGUGGUUUCCAACAUUGAAUCUGGAGACAACCUGAAGGCCUUCCAGUCCGCCGUCGACUCGUGGACGUCGGAAAUCAUCGAGACCAUCGAUCGCGAGCUCAGUGAGAAGAUUCUCAACCCUUCGGGAGAGGAUGUGGAGGACGUGCCCAUGAUGCGGAAGAUCUUCACCCUCGGUGAACUGGCCCAGAUCAGUCCGCACAAGAUCAAUAAGCGGCUCUUUCUCCUCAUGCAAAGUAUCAUCUUUCAACAGGGCACGAAGCAUCGUCGGCCCCGAAACCAAGAGGAUCUGGCCUCCAUUAUGCCCACGUCGCAGACCCAAUCAUCGCAGCCCCCGCCGUGUGCCUUCCAGCCCACCACUCGCUUGCAAGCUCUGACCAUUGUGACCUUGGCCAAGAUGUGUCUCCAGCACGAGGACAUGGCCAAGAAGAUCAUCCCGGCCUUCGGGCAGAUCCUGGACACUUCGGGCGACAACGCCGUCAAGAACAAUAUCAUGUACGCCCUCACGGACAUGUGUGUGCGUUACGCCAGUCUGGUGGAUCCCCUCAUUCCGCAGAUCACGGCGUGCUUGAAGGACGACUCGUUGGCAGUCCGACGUAGCACCUUGAUCACCUUGAUCCAUCUCCUCCAGGAGGAUUACCUCAAGAUGAGUGGGCGGGGCGCUUUCUUCUUCCGGAUCAUGCAGACCCUGAAUGACGAUAGCGAUGAGAUGAGACACUUGACCACUUUCUACCUCCAACAACGACUCGUCAAACGGAAACCCAAAGUCAUGUUCCAGCAUUUUACCGAGUCCCUGUUCCAUUUCAACGAAUACGAGAUCCAUGAAACCUACAACAAGUUCACGAUCUCUGAUCGGGAGAAGCGCUUGUUCUCGAUGAAAGGCGUCGAAUACCGAGAGGAUCGUAUGAAGUUGUACCGCUUCAUGUUGGAGUGCAUGAGCGAUGAGCAACGCUUUCAAACCACCUAUCGCCUUUGCAAGGACAUCCUAGAAGGGGCUGUCGAAGGUCAAGUCGUCUUGGGACACGAGUCCUACGAUCUGCUCCGGGACACUUUCCGAUGCCUCAGUUGCGAGGAGAUCAAGUUGGCCAGUUUGAAAUCCAAGGCCGACGAGCCAGAUGAGGCCAACAACACGGGGAUAGCAGUCGGCCAGACCACGGACAUGUCUGGAGCCAUCCAAUCGGCCUUGAAGAAGAACAUCAUUUCCCAGGUGGUCAAGAAGAACGUGAUCGAAAACAUCAUCCCCAUCAUUAUCGCGCUCAAGCAUCGUUUGGAGGAGCUCGGCUCGGGAUUGAUCGAUGAUCUCAUGAACUACUUGCGCGAGCUCAUGAAGGACUACAAGAACGAAGUCAAGGAUAUGCUGGCUGCUGACAAGAAUCUGGCCACGGAGAUCGAGAAGGAUUUGAAGAAAUGGGAGGAGGAGCAAAAGAAGUUGGAGGAAGCCAGACGAGAAGCCGAGUCCCAAGAGAAAUCGCCGACUCAGAGGGACCUCCUACUUCGAGCCGUGGUGGAAUCCGCCGUGAACGUGUUUCAACAAAAACAGAAAGAUCUGGAGCAACGGAGAGAAGCGGGAGAAAUCAUUGAUGACGACUCUUUGUCCUCCUCACAGAGUGGCGACCCGUUGGACGAAUUCCUCACCAAAAACGUAGGCAAAGCCGGGGACGUCUCCACCACGAAUCUCUCGACCUUGCUCAGCCCCAAAGUGGUGGUUCAAGAUGUCCUGGGUGACGUCAUCCAAUGCCCAACGCCCAAAUCCACGGCCAGGUCCAUUGGACGCUCGCCCCGACCCAGUCUCACGGAGAAUCGCGGCGAGGCCAUCAAACGGAAGCUGAUCAGUUCGUACGACGAGCCUCUAAUGGUCGUGGCUGAGGAGAGCAUUCUGAUGACUGAGGCCGAUCAGGAGCACUUGGCCGGCGAAGUCUUGUCCGAGUUGCAUUCGGUUCAUCAAGGCCACAAGUCCAUCAUCACAUCGGUGCCCACCUUGGCGGAGAUCAAUAAAGAGCUGGAGAUCGUGGUAAGCCAGACGAAGCAGAAGCAAAGGCUCAAAAAUAUGGACGUGCCCGAUGAUGGCGACCAAGAGCCAAAGAAAACCCCCGUCAAAAUUGCAAGGCAAGGUGAGGAUGUCGAGGUAGGCAUUUCUGCCCAGGAUCCCAAUCCCCCAAAGACAAAAAGUCCAGUUUGUGGUAGCCCUAUCAGUGGUGAAGAAAGUACAAAUCGUGUCGAUGAAGGCCCGCCAAGCGUGGCCGAUGGGCCUUUGAAAAAGACUGACGAAGACAACGCCUCGCCGUCUGACAUGGUUGAUGUGGCUGUGAAUCAAUCUGUGGCUAUUGAUGAAGUACCUGAACACCACGUUGACCUCGACGGGGGAGAGCAAGCCAAAGUGGCUGGCGAUGAGGAAGAAACCUGUCCGGAAAAGAUUCGGUCAACGACUUCCUCGAUUGAGACCACCGAGACCGCCGAGAAUAGCGACCUCUCAUCCCAAUCCCAGGCCAAUGCCUCCAAAUUAGAGUUCCCAAGCAGUCCGAGAGAGGUUGUUCCAGAGGCAUUGCCAGAAGAGACACACGACGAGUGUUGGUCAGACCCUCAAUCCAAUUUGAUUGACCAAUGCGAGACGGAAGAAGCUAACAAACUGAAGCUAAACCUCGUCGAGGAGAGCCAUGAGGAAGUCUCGAAGUGCGAAGAUUCCCCUCAUCCCCCGGUGGCUCCUCAUGAUGACCGCAAGAGGAGAAACAGCGAUAUCGUUGAAGGGCAGGAAAGCCCCUCCAAACCAACACCCAAAAAGCAGCGAACCAAUCAACAGAAAACUCGGGAAAAGUCGAAAGUCAAGGAAGUUGAGCCUCAAUCGACUGAAGAAGCUAGUGAAGAAUCGAAUGCCCUAGAGAGCGGCGCGGAAAUUUGUCAUAAACCAAAGAGGGCAAGAGCGAAACGCGAUCCAAUCACCAAAGCCCGCCACCAAACGCAAGAAUUGUAUCAAGAGCUUGUCACGAAAGGUUGUCAAGUUAGAAAUGAGGGCAGUCCUCGUCGCCGCCGCCACCACCGCCAUCACCAUCACCAUCGUUAUUCACCCGCUAAAGCUGUUGAAGAAAAGGUUCCCCCCCGUAAGGCCCGAAAAGGCUCAACCCAAUCCAUUCAAAAGUCCAAGCCGUCCAAAACUCGAGGCACGAAACGAAAGGUGAUCUCUCAGGAAAGUGCGGAUGAGCCCAAACCAUCCACUAAGUCUGUGCCAGAACAGUCUUCACCCCCAAAGAGACGGCGCACCACUUCGAGGCGAUUGCAAGAGGCCAAGGAGACGGGAGAAACGACCUGCACAUCCAAAGGGAAAGAUGAUCAUCCCACCCACUCCACGACAGAAGCCACGCCCGCUAAAGCUGCAAACAAAACCUUGGCCGUGAGGGCCACCGAAAUGGAAACAACGGCCACUCCAAAGCGCUCCUAUCAAAGAGUGGUUGGAACCAUGGACAAGAUGACGCCCAAAUCUCCCGUCCCAAUUAGCAAAAAGGUCCUAGUGGCCAAAUCAUCGCCCAGGAGCAAACGAAGAAAGGCGCUCCCGUUUUUGCGAAAUCGUCGGAAGAGCAUGGCGCGAUCCAAGAAGUCCACCACCCGCUCCUCCAUUCUUCCGAAAGAUCAGGAAAACAGGGUGGUGAGGGGGGCCGUGGCCCCUUCCUCAGACGCUUCCAGCGAGGAGUCGGAGAUCACCUUCAACUUGUCCAAAGCCAACACCAAGGCCAAGCCCAGAUUGGUCUUGAACGAGGACGAUCCAGAGUUAGACGCUGAGGUGUCCUUCAAGGCCCCAGAGUUGGUCCCGCUUCUUCGUCGUCUCCCCCAGAAGUCUAUUCUGAGUCAUAGCAAAUGUGCGGGGUCCCUCAUCAAUAAAAGCGCCCUCAAAGAGGUCAGCUUCAAGGAACCCUCCCUGGGUGAAACCUCGACCACCCGACGCUUUCAGUUGGCCACCAAAGCCAAAGAGAAACGCCAGUCUCUCUCGGCCUCGGCCUCGGCCUCUGGCGCAGUUUCCCCAGCCAGUUCGUCGUCCUCUGUGUCAAUAUCGAAAUCGACUCGGGCGCAGCCUUCUCUGCCCCUUCCGCGUCAUAACUUGGCCAAGACUCAUCAGGCUCGAUUGAAGAAUGUCCUGCGCGCUAUUAGCACGCCCAAUCGUCAGGGCGUGUCUCAGGACAAUCUGACCUUCUUGGAGCAAUCACAUGACUUGAGUGCCAUUCCCAUUCUAUCGCCGCCGUCCACUCGCAAGAAACGCCCACAAGCCCAUCCGCCCCCCGAUCAACCCUCGUCCGAUGGCAGCGCGUUAUCCUUCAGAUUCGGUCGGAGAACCAAGGAUCCGUUCGAGGAAAUGCUGAAACGUGACGCCAAAUCUGCACCCUCCUCUUCGAAAGCUCAACCAUCCAAACCGGUUCUUCCGGUUCCUCCGAUCUCUUCUGCCUUAUCCUCGGUUGCUCAAAAGUCGAAAGCCAGUCCAAGUUGGGCGUCCCCUCGCUCCAAGCGACCCAAUAAGAAAUACCUCGAAUAACAGAAAUAAUGAUCAUAACAACACCAAGAGAUAUUUACCACAUCAGCCUUGUGGAGGUUGCUUCUCUUUGUUGUUGAACUGUCUGAAAAGUACCUGAAAAUGUUCAAGCCCCAUACCUCCCUCCGGAUUAACCCUCCGGGUUAACCUAGUAUUGGAUUUACAUUUCACAAGAAAUUGCCUACAUUGCCUUGCCUAUUAUGCUCCCCGUUAUCAUUGGUUGAUGGAUGAUAUGAAGUUCUCUUUGACACUCGCCAUAAUCGACAGCGCCGCGCGCGCGCCUGAAAUCCCGAGAUGAGAUUGACAUCGAACAAUUCUAAUAAAAAUAAACAACAAUGACGACCA